CUUCGACGUGGUGCUCAAUGCGCUCGACAACGUGUCGGCACGCAGUCACGUCAACCGAAUGUGCUUGGGUGCGAACGUGCCUUUGGUGGAGAGUGGGACAGCCGGCUACAAAGGCAAUGUACGUAUAUGA